ACGGGCGAGACGCCGCUGCACCUGGCGUGCCGGGGCUGCAAGGCGGACGUGGUGCGCCACCUCAUCACGUUCGUGCGCGAGAAGCAGGGCCAGGAGGUGGCGACGUCCUACGUGAACACCGUCAACGAAGACGGCGCGAACGCGCUGCACUACGCCGCGCAGGUCACCAAGAUGGAGGUGGAGCACCCCAUGUCCGACAAGGAGGUGAUCCGGCUGCUGCUGGAGGCGGGCGUCGACUUCAAUCAGAACACGCGCCAGACGCAAGAGACGGCGUUCCACUACUGCGCGCUAGCCGGCAACAACGACAUCCUGGCGGAGAUGCUGGCGCACAUGAACUCCACCGAGCAGCAGAAGGCGCUGAACCGGCAGAACGCCGUGGGCUGGACGCCGCUGCUCAUCGCGUGCCACCACGGCCACAUGGAGCUGGUGACGACGCUGCUGGCCAACCACGCGCGAGUCGACGUCUUCGACAACGAGGGGCGAUCCGCGCUGCAUCUCGCGGCCGACAGGGGCUUCCUGCAAGUGUGCGACGCGCUGCUCACGCACAAGGCCUUCAUCAACAGCAAGUCGCGCGUGGGGCGCACGGCGCUGCACCUGGCCGCCAUGAACGGCUACGCACACCUCUGCAGGUUCCUCAUCCAGGACCACAACGCGGCCAUCGACGUGCUGACCCUGCGCAAGCAGACGCCGCUGCAUCUGGCGGCCGGCGCGGGCCAGCUCGAGGUGUGCCGGCUGCUGUUGGAGCUGGGCGCCGACAUCGACGCCACCGACGACAACGGCCAGAAGCCCAUCCACGCCGCCGCCAUGAACAACUUCUCCGAGGUGGCGCACCUCUUCCUGCAACAGCACCCGUCGCUCGUAAUGAACGUCACCAAGGAUGGCAACACAUGCGCACAUAUAGCUGCCAUGCAAGGCUCCAUUCGGGUAAUUGAAGAGCUCAUGAAGUUUGACCGCUCAGGUGUGAUAUCAGCUCGCAAUCGCAUCACCGAAGCAACACCCCUGCAACUGGCGGCAGAGGGAGGCCACGCAGAGGUUGUGAAGGCCUUGGUGCGUGCAGGAGCCUCUUGUACCGAUGAGAACAAGGCAGGGUUUACAGCUGUUCAUUUGGCUGCCCAAAAUGGUCAUGGGCCAGUUUUAGAAGUGCUGCGAUCAUCUCAAUCCCUUCGCAUCUCAAGUAAAAAACUUGGAGUAACAGCAUUACAUGUAGCUGCAUAUUUUGGACAAGCAGAAACUGUUCGUGAACUCCUCAUCCAUGUUCCUGCAACUGUUAAGUCUGACCCUCCCACUGGGGAGGGACUUGUAGGAGAACUGGGCAGUGAGUCAGGCAUGACUCCCCUCCAUCUAGCAGCAUAUUCAGGCAACGAAAAUGUUGUUCGCUUGUUGCUUAACUCUGCUGGAGUUCAAGUGGAUGCUGCUACCACUGAAAAUGGUUACAACCCACUUCACUUGGCAUGUUUUGGAGGCCAUAUUACUGUAGUCGGCCUUUUAGUGAGCAGAGCAGCUGACUUACUCCAAAGUGGAGACAAGCAUGGCAAAACAGGAUUGCACAUUGCUGCAAUGCAUGGCCGAUACCAAAUG